UGUGAAUUUGCCAUCUUUUGUGACGGGUUUGUAAUGUUCAUGUUGACAUAAGAGCCAGGAAUGAAUAUUAUAAUAAUUUAUUAAGGAUUCACCUGAGAUUUCAGUAAUCUCAUACUUUAUUGACUUGAAGGCAUGGGUUAGAUUGGAUUGUAUCUAGCCAGAAUAGACUGAUUUCAUUUUAAACCGUGCUUGUGAUUGCCUUAGAUGUCCCUUUGGACCAAAAGAGUGCAAAGUAAUUUCGAUAAUCAGAAAUGUGCUUAGAAUUAAGACUACAGUGUGAUGUCCCCUGGGAUGGCAUCCUGGGAGCCAUAUAAUGCCAGAGACAGAGUGCAAUUUCUAUGUCUGAGAUCUCAGAAGUGCUGAAACAACUUCAUAAUUCUUGGGGUUUUUUUAAAAAUCAUGUCAGAAGUGACUUGAGAACAUACUGCAAGUCAUUUCUGGUGUGAGAGAAUUGGCCAUCUACAGAGACAUUUCCCAGGGGACACCCAAAUGGGUUACCAUCCUGCUGGGAUGCUUCUCUCAUGUCCCCACAAGCUAAAGCUGACAGAUGAGAGCUAACCCCAUCCCGCAUAUUCAAAUCGGCGACCUUCAGGUCAGCAGUCCAGCUGACACAAGGGACUAUUAAACCAUUGUGCCAGCAUGGCUCAUAGAGUUCUUGGUGAAAGGAUGAAACAACUUUCAUCGAGGCUAGUAAAUAAUAGCUCAUGCUUCCCUGGUGUCAUAAUUCUAUCAAAAAGUACCAAGGGAAACUUUGUUUUUAAAUAGCAGUCCAGGAUUCAGAGCCUUUUAACUCUGUUUAGAAAGGGAGCACCUAAAAAGGGGAGUUCAUCCUUUUUUUUACCUGAUAUGUUAAUUGUACAUACAAUUGUUUUUCAGUAGAAUAUACCUGGAAAUCCAGUUUGGCAGUCUUUUCAGUUUCUAUGUUGGACUUGUUCAGCUCUCUAAAUGACUGAAAGUACCAGCGUUUCUUAGUCUGCCGUUUAUUUUCCAGACCCAAUUCAAGGUGCAGGUGUUGACCUACAAAGCCCUGAACUGUUUGGGACCCACUUACCUUUGUUACCACAUCUCCCCCUACGAACCUGCACAAUCUCUUCGUUCAUCGGGGGAGGCCCUCCUCUCGCUUCCGCCUCCGUCACAAGUGCGGUUGGUGGGGACGAGGGAAAGGGCCUUCUCCAUGGUGGCCCCCCGGCUCUGAAACGCUCUCCUCAGGGAAAUUAGGCAAGCUGCCACCUUGGAAGCGUUUAGGAAGAGCCUGAAAACCUGGCUCUUCACACAGGCUUUUAAAUAAGUACCGCCCAUUAUACGCUAAACCUUUAUACUAGCAGUUACUUUUGACCGGUUGUAUCUGUUGGUUAACUCUUCGAUAUAGCCACAGGGUUCACCCUAGUUUAAGAUUCUCCCCAUGAUCUUAUAGCACCUUAACUUCCUUCAUGUUUACAAGUUUCACUCAGUGCACUUUGCCCAGUUCAUCUUAUGAUUUCAUCGCUGCGUUUUAACCUGUGUUUUACAAUGAUUGUGAUUUUAUUUUAUGCUUUUUAAUUUUUAUCUGUGUGUUUUUUAUACUUGAUACCAUUGUAUGCUUGUUUUAUAUUUGUAAGCCGCCCCGAGUCCCUCUGGAGAGAUGGAGGCAGGGUAUAAAAAUAAAAUUAUUAUUAUUAUUAUUAUUAUUAUUAUUAUUAUUAUUACUAUUAUUAUUAUUAUUACUAUUAUUAUUAUUCUAUGUGCUUUCUAGGGCUACUGGAAUUUAUAGUAAUAUAAUAGUGUAUGUAACCAGUAUUGCCCGGAUGUCGGAGGGGCUGCUGCCCAUCUUCUUCCUCUGUUCUCCAGCUCUGAGAAGGCCUAUGCAAGGGUCCACUUCAUAAACAGGCAGGGGGCAAUCCUUCUUUCAGGAUCCCAGCCACUGCCAGCUAUAAACCCUUGAGUCUGUACGUGUGCAUGUACGAUAUGAUAUGUCACUGAGGGGAAAUAUGUGAGACAAAUCUUCUGCUGAUCCUAAGUCGAGCAAUUCACCACUCAGAAACACUUUCUUUAUUUAAAACAGAGUAUUAUUUAUUUAUGGUUUCUUUAGUCCAAAAAAAUCGUAACUGGUUGCAAUAGUUUACUUCUUCAGUUUCACUUAUAUACAAUAUAAACCAUAUCUUUCAUUCUUCAACAUUAACAACUUGACUGAAACUUUGUCUCUACCAUAUUCCUUUUCCUUAGCUCUUCCUCACUAGAAACCCCAGAUCUGACUCAAGAAUAGUCACUUUUUCCUUCAGUAUUUCAACGGAAGUUCCAAACUUAAACUAGGAUCCUUUUCCCUUUAGCUCUCCCGGCUAGAGACUACCAUAACUGAAUACUAGACACACACAUCUUUUCUCUAGUUUCCCUCACUAGAAACAUCAACAUAACUCUUUUUAAAACAUCUCCUUUUCUCCUCCAGCUAGCUCCGCCCCUUUCACUAGCUUAGAAAUUUACAUUUCUACCAAAGCAGCUACGUUACCAUGGUGACACAUGGCCAAUCAUCAGUAGCUAACUUCUGCCCACUUUUAUCUCUAAAUCAACAUUAAAUAACAUAGGCAAAAUUUACCAAUAAAAUAAGGUUUUCCGUUACAGCCUACCUCACAAUAUCUCGAUGGCAACACUCUGGCAAUGGUGGGCAGGCUCUUUGUGGCUCGCUCCUUCCGUCCUUCCUUCCUUCCUUCCUUCCUUCCUUCCUUCCUUCCUUCCUUCCUUCCUUCCUUCCUUCCUUCCUUCCUUCCCACCUCUUUCUUUUCUUCCCUUGAUUUCCUUCAUAUGCCUUAUCCCCUCCCUCCUUUUUCUUUCCUUCUUUCUCCUCCUUUCCUUCUCUCCCAGAAUACCUUUUCCCUUUCUUCCUUCCCUCUUUAUUCUCCCCUCCCUCUCUUCCUCCCUUCUUUCUGUUCUUUGCCUUCUUUUUCCUUCUUUCCUCCCUUUCCCUCAUACACAUGCCAUCUUUUUUCCCAGUGACUGCUGUAAUAAACACUCAAAAGAUCAUCAAAUUCAGCAAGAGCUCCUGCCACGAUAUGGCAACAGCACUUAACAACAGGGGGCAGAUAAAGUACUUGAGAGUUGACUUUUAUGAAGCAAUGGAUGAUUAUACAGCCGCUAUAGAGGCCCAACCUGAUUUUGAAGUCCCAUAUUAUAACAGAGGAUUAAUAUUGUAUAGGCUAGGAUUCUUUGAUGAAGCAUUGGGGGAUUUCAAGAAGGUUUUAGAUCUAAAUCCCAACUUUGAAGAUGCUGCUUUGAGUUUAAAACAGACUAUUUGUGAUAAAGAAGAAAAAUUAAAAAGGAGCUACUAAAAUUCUUCUACUUCUGAAACUUUUUUUUAUUGGGAAUUGGAUUUUCUGGCAAAAAGAAGAUACAGUUUCUCUUACCCAAUUUCCCAAAACCUCCGAAGUGGAUUUUUUUUUGAGAUGUAGCCUGUUCUUAUUGUGGACUGCAUGAAACCAUAUAGACUUUCACAGAUUCUAGACAUUGUUUUAUAUUAAAUGAUUUAAGGUGAAUGAAGCUGAAAAUUGCUAAUAGUGAAUUAGUGGAAUCCAUGAAGUUGUUUGUUGGCCAAGAUCAACAUUUUAAUUGUUGCAAAGAAAGAAAUGAAAGGUUGAGCCAGAUGUCUUUUUUUAAAAAAAAAUUUAUAUAUGAAGCGCAUCAGUGCUUUUAGUCUUAACAUCAUCAUCCAGCCAAGAUAUAUAUAUAUAUAUAUAUAUAUAUAUAUAUAUAUAUAUAUAUAUGUGUGUGUGUGUGUGUGUGUGUGUGUGUGUGUGUGUGUGUGUAUGUAUGUUUAUGUGUUAUUCUGACUAGAAUCAGAGUGUGUUUAUAAUACAUGCAGACAAAUUAAUACUAUUGUCAUUUAUUGCAAUCAAUCAAUCAAUUCAGUGGCUGAACCAUCAUUCUAACCCUGAUAAUAUUUUGUAUAGUAAUGGUGAGGACAGAAAUAACUAAUUUUUUUUCCUGCUGCUUCAUGACUUAACCUGCACUUUGUUCUCCAGAAUUCCUAUAAUAUACUUGUGCUUGCCAGAACUCAACAUUCAAUUUAUGAAUGGCAACAGGUAGGAUAUAUAAUCAUAGCACAGGAUCCUGAAUUUUCUGGAAAAUGUACCUUCUACUGUGUUAUGACGUGAUCAAAGGUCAAUAGAGAACCCAGGUAUCUUUUAGAUGAGACACCAUUUAUCCUUCUUUAAAAGAAGUCUUACUUUGGAUAUGUCAGAAGGAGAAACUUGAUAAAGUUAUAGAGCAUUUUAAAUAUGGGGUGGGGAUCUUCAGAGCUGUCAUUAUCCUAAGACGGGUUCUUAACCUGUCUUGUUCAACAGAUGCUUUGCCAGUCAGGUGAAAAGCAUGGCCCCCCUUCUCAGAAUGUUGUGUUGGCAUGUUGCACAAUAGUUUGUACAGAGCAGGAAUGAUCAUUUGUGAUCUAGCAUGGGGUCUAUGAACCACUGUAAUUUCAAAGUAUGGAUGAGCAUAAGUAAUUUUUUGAGUUACGUAAAAACCUGUACUGUGAUAUAAGAUUAAUACUAUUGUCAAUGUGUUGUUGGAGGCUUUCAUGGCCAGCACCAUUGUGUUGCUGUGAUUUUUCUGGGUUGUGGCUAUGUUCCAGAAGCAUUCUUUCCUGAUGUUUCAGCCACAUCUAUGGCAGGCAUCCUCAGAGGUUGUGAGGUCUGUUGGAAACUAGGCAAGCUGGGUUUAUAUAUCUGUGAAAUGUUCAGGGUGGGAGAAAGAACUCUUGUCUGCCCAAGGCAAGUGUGAAUGUUGCAAUUGGCCACUGUGAUUAGCAUUUUCAUUUAUAGCAAUCAUUCAUAAGUGAAGAAAAUGCUAACUUUCAGUUAGGGGUUAAAGGAAAUAAAUAUAAUAAGUUGAUUUGUUUUCUAUUCAAGCUGAUGGAUCCCCUGAAAUCUCUUCACUGGCCCCUGCUUAAAACCUCCUAUUUCAAGAAGUUAUAUCUAGGCUAAGAGUAGAGUGGGCAGCUUAUGGCAAUUUUCAUAAGUCCAAACUACAGUAGUUAAUGAGGAAGGAUGGUGGUGGAAAUGGCAAUCUGAUAACAUCUGGAGGGCAACAUUUUCACUACCUCCAGUCUAGACUGGGUUCAUAGUAUAUGCUGACAAGAAAAACGAGACAUACUAUAUAUGUAAAUUCUAUGUAGUAUUAUAAUUAAAAAAAUAGUUUCCUCAGAAAGCCAGUCUCAAAAUGUGUUAUGUUUAGGUCCAUUGUACCAUAAGGAGGUAUGUAGUUUUCUAUUAAUAAAAUAAUUGAUUAAAGUGAUUCAGGCUAAUGGGAUCUGACCAAUUAAAUUAGCACAGCUUUCUUCCUGGCUCUAAUAUAUGUAUCAUUUUCAACAAGUAGCAGUCUAUAGCAUACAGAUUGAUGAUGGCAGAAUUCUACUGUCAAGUCUUCAUCAAAGAACAGAAUUUAUUGUCCUAGGUGUGUGGACUUUUGACAUAGGUUCAAUUAAACUUAGAGAAAUAAAUUGCUAUUUUUAUGAUCAUAAA